AUGCCAAUGCGCUCAUACAAUUUCCUAGAAGGCGAAGCUGGAGUAAGGCUGAGUGAUUCGAAUGAAAUCAAGUAUAUGAGACUUGAAGUGCUUCUAACUAGUCUUGAGUGUUUGAGACGUCAAGUUGAGCCAUCACAAUUGCAUCAACGUAUCCUACCGGUCAAUCUGGCACUUCGUCUCCUUCGUCCACUCAGUUUACUCCUGCGACCUCAGGCUCGAAAACCAACAAAAGUGGUACCCAUCCCAAGACAGACUCCUUACCAAUCAUUCCUUGGUAGAUCUUCUGGACAACUACACGACGAUAAGGGACAAGCAGCCUUUGGGGGAGAUGAUUAUGCUGGAAACCAUUGGGACGAGCCUUGGAGACUUUAA